AUGGCUCCGAUGUAUGUCUUAGUUGAAGAGUUGCAUAAGGACCAUACUUCAAUUGCAAUCAGAUUGAGGGCCGUGCGCACCUACAAUGUUUGGCACAGUAGAGGAAGAGAUCAAAUCAAGUCAAGAGAGUGUGUCUUCCAUGAUGAAGCGGGUUCCUACAUUCACAUGCAUAUUCCAGGAAAGAGUGUUUCUCCGAAGAAUGAUUUUGUAGAGGGAAAUGUGUAUUGUAUAAAAAAUUUUCUGGUAGUUGCUCAUUGGUAUUGCUAUAAGACAUGUCAUGGAGAGUACAUGAUGAAAUUUUAUUCUGAAACAUUGGUUAAAGAUUAUAAAGGGUGUGAUUUUCCAAGGAAUAUGUAUAGACUACAGCCAUUUGAAAUUCUGAACACACUGGAUGCAAAUAUUUUGGUUGAUGUCAUUGGCCGUGUAGUUGAAAUAUACUCUCCAUUGGAGAAGAUGAUUAAUGGGAGACCCUCUCGGUUGAUAGAUUUUCUAAUUGAAGAUUUGAAGGGUAAUCAAGUGAAAUGCACUGUCUGGGAUGACCAUGUAGAGAAAGUGAUGCCUUUUUUUAAAAGUGAUCUUUUGGAUCCAGUGGUUGUUCUAAUUCAGAUGGGUCGGAUUAAGCUGGUCGAAAAAUCUGGAGAAGUAAAAAUUUGCAGUUCUUAUGAUGGUACAAAUUUGCUAUUCAACCAAAACACUUUGGAGUUUGUGGAAUUCAGAAAUAGUUAUGGUACUACAAGUGGAGGGGACUUAAGUAGUACAAAAAUGCAGAUCACAACAUUAUCUGAGAUCUUUUCUAAAAGAGAGACUGGUGAUUUUUGGGUACCAUGCAAGAUUAUAGGUAUUGAGUCUGAUCCCAAUGAUUGGUAUUACAACUCUUGCCCUAAACAAAACUGUAAUAAGAAGUUGGAAUUCAACUCUGGAAUGUAUGAUUGUGGGAAAUGUGGUGGUCGAUUUAUUAAAGGUAACCUAAGAUAUAAGCUUAAAAUUCGUGUGGUUGAUGUUAAUGGGACAACUCCACUCCUUUUAUGGGACCGUGAAGUUCUUGAGUUGUUGUGUUUAAAGACAGAUGAAUUGAAGGCUAUGCAGCCAUCUGUAAUGCCCAAGAUUCCUAAAGACAUCAGGAAUUUAAAAGGGAGAGAUGAUCCUACAGAAAGUCCAAUUGGUGCUACUCCUGGAAAGCAGGAUGUAGCUGUGAAUGAAACCGAAGCAGUGAAGCGAAGUCUGCUGGAUGAAUUCUCAAGUACACAACCAUCAAAGAAAAAGAAAGAGAUUGUAGUGAAAAUGGAGAAUGAGAAAGAACCUACUGAAAAUGAAAAUUCGAUACAAGAUGAGAAUGUCAUUGGUCAAAAACAUAAUCGGUUAUCUUCAAUUCAAACUCCAAAUCAAUUAUUUGGAGUUUUUCAAUCAUCCUUAGUUACCCCGUUGAGCGUAUUAACUGAAGGACCAUCAAGGUUGAGCAAUAUUUUGAUUGACAAAAACAGGACACUGUUGCAGGAUAUUCCCGUGACACCUAAUAUGAAUCAAGAACGAGAAAAUGAAAAUUCGAUACAAGCUUAG